GAGGCUGCAUACCACUGCUGCUGACGACUGACCUGAUCCCACACACACAAAGACACACACUCACCCCGCUCACACGUCACACACUCAUCAUACGGCACUCACAGAGGCACUGAAACCCAGAGCAGAGCUGGGAGAUGCUACAGACUGGCAAACACUGAAAACCUUCAGAGCACAGCUGACCUGGACACACUGCACCCUUGCCUCCAGAGAGCCUAUUACACUGAGGAAGAGCAUUUGACAAAGGACACUAGAGUGACCUCCAGCUGUUCCGCCGUACCUGAUCCCACGGCCACAGCAGACUCCUUCAAAGAAAAGGGAACCUGACUCUGAGCAGAGCAGGAAAAAGGAGUGAUCAUACCCCUGCACCAUUGAAACUCAACCCGCCGGACGGAGAGCCUGAGGGGCUGACGGCCAUCUCUGGUGAGGAACCCGGAACAGAGGCAGGAUGCUGGCUAAAAUCUUGGAGGAUAUGUGGGUGGAGCCGGAGGUGCUGGAGGCCCUGAGUGAGGAGCAGAAGAGGAUCCUGUUCCUGAAGAUGAGAGAGGAGCAGGUGCGACGCUGGAGAGAGCGAGAGGAGAGGGAGGAGAAGGAAGGACAGAACGACAACACCAGAACCAAGAAAGCUUCCAGUAAACAUGUGAGUUGGCUGCUUGGUCGUGAUGGAGACGUGAGCGUCAGUGUGAUUGGAGAGGUGGAUGAGUUCAGGUCCUCCAAGCUUCUGCAGAGUCUCAUGAACAACAGACUCCACAGUGAUAAUAUGAAUGGCAUCCAGACGGCAGACUUGUUGUCAGGAAGAGAGGCCAAUCAGCUCGGCUUUAAAGAAGACGUCCAGCUGCCCCUCACAGAUGAUGAGGCAGCUUCACCGACCGACCAGUCGUCUGAGGAGGAGAUGGACUCCUGCAGUGCCGAUGAUGACCUGAAGGACCCCGCAGAGGACAGCGACAGUGAAUCAGGCAGCAGUGUGGACAACCUCAGCGACUGGGCUCCUCUCUACAGGCCCCAUUUUAGUCGCCAUGGCAACCAGCCGCCACUCAAAGCCCAGCUGUCAGGCACAGAAAGGGAAGGCCCACAGGACAGAGAGAUCUUAUGUUGUGAAGAGAAGUCGUCAAGACCCGGAGGUCGCGUGGCUCAGCUCCGUAAAGCAUUCACUGACGACCUCCACAAGUCCCCACCUGCCCACUCCAAACCCCCCGUACCUGUAAAACCCCUCCACCUACAGAAAAGGAGUGCACCCUUGAUCCACUAGAACUCCAGCCUGAUAAGAGACAAUGCUGUGACCCCAAAGAGCCACUACCUGCCAUCUGAAUGUGUAAAAAAAAAGGAAAGAAAGAAAGUAAGAACACACAGUUGGGCUGAGGCUGAGGCCACGUCCAGGAUCCUUAGUUGAACCUGACGUAAACUCGGUUUGGACUCAAUUUAAGGACCGACCUGCAGAUAGAGAAACGUGUGAGGGGGGUGGACGGCGAGAAGGACUUGAAAGCUUCUGAACUGAAGUCAACCUGAAUGAUAAAAAAGAAGCUGCUUUGAUGUUGCUCAGUUCAAAUAAACUCAUACAGUUUCUGAUUGACAGGCAGACAGGGUAAGAGAUGUCCAGUGAGACACAGACGCACCCAGACAGACUACCGGCUGCAGAUGGAAAACCACCUGUACGCUUCACUCAUUGAAUAUGUCUGCAACUACUGUUCUCAUAUUGAACUGUCAUUAGCACAGCCUGGCAUUCUGUACAUAAGCGCACAUGUUAGUUGUUUGUGUAAUGUUUUAACGUCACUAACACGGAAAUGUUUAUUAGAGUUUCUGUCCUGACUGAAGAACUCAACCACUCCUCUAGUAACUUGACCUACACAUUUAGCAACCAUCUGCCACUUUUGAUUUAAAAAAAACUUGAAUGAAGAACAUAAAAUGGAUCAUUUUAUUAACUUCAGCACAUGGAUUAGAAAUUGAUGAAUUCUAUAAGGUUAAAAACUGCCUUUUGUACAUAUUUAUCCAGUUUCAGUGAACCAGAUGUCUAUUCACAUGCAAUAAAAUUAUUGUAGU